GGAAUAUACUGGGUUGCGAUUGACAAAAUCUAUGCUGAUAUAAUGACAAGGAUACAAGUCACAGUAACAAAAGAGGCUGUAAUAAAACCAAACGUUUGGCCUCUCAGUUCCCCAGAGAUGACAUGUUGGGGUCAACCAUCUGUGUUUCGAUGUUGGAGUGAGAGAGGAACGGAUGUGCAGUACACUUGGUACAGAGUUGGACACCCAAACAACACUGUCCUGCACCAAUCCACUGAUCUCUAUCUCCAUUGUUCAAACAUCACUGAAGACAGUCAGCUUUUCUGCUCGGCCUUUAAUGAUGUCAGCAGCCAGAGUAGCGAAUUUGUUUCUCUGCAACUACUUCAGUCUGCAGACAAGGACAGUGUCUAUCUCAUCUCAUCAAACACAUUCUCUAGCCAUGACUGUAUAAGAAGCACAACAUCACUCUCAACAUCCAUUCAAACGACAGAGAAAUUCCUGAGCUCUGCAACAGUUUCUCAUCUCACAUGGAGUCAGAAUAAAACAAUGUCAUGGACUGGUUUACCACUGUGGUAUGAGUGUCUUCGUUGGAUUCUCUCCUCAGUUAUGAUUACCAUCUUAUGUGUAGUGCACACAUGCUCAAAAUGUACAUCAAGAAGGCUUAGGGCUCAAGGCAAACACCCCAAAGACAUCUGAUUGUGAAACAUGGUUGCAGCUUCAUUACAAGUUUUCUUUAUUUAUGGUGUGCAUGUACACAUUUUGCAUUCUUUUUAAUUCACAUUGACUUAUAUUCCUUGAUAUUCCUUGUUCUUAUCCACAAAGUGUACAAUUAA